UUCCGACCAAUCACAGACCCCUCCCGUCAAAACACUUCCGGUUUGCUAUCCAACUUGUCUUUCCACCGGAACGGCUGGUGUGAUCAGAUACCAGAGGAGUGAACACCACGUAGUCCAUAAUCUAAAAAAAGACAUAAAGAUGCCCCCAAAAAAGACCGAUGUCCCCAAACAGCCUCCAUUAAUCGGAAGAUUUGGAACCUCUCUAAAAAUUGGAAUUGUGGGAUUACCUAAUGUUGGGAAAUCCACCUUUUUCAAUGUGCUGACCAAAAGCCAAGCUGCCGCAGAAAACUUCCCAUUCUGCACAAUUGACCCAAAUGAGAGCAGGGUGCCUGUUCCCGAUGAGCGCUAUGAUUUCCUCUGCCAAUACCACAAACCACUCAGUAAGGUUCCAGCUUUUCUAAAUGUUGUGGACAUUGCUGGUCUGGUGAAAGGAGCUCACGCAGGACAGGGACUUGGAAACGCCUUUCUCUCCCACAUCAGUGCAUGUGACGGCAUCUUCCACAUGACUCGUGCGUUUGAUGAUGAGGAUAUUAUCCACGUGGAGGGAAACGUUGACCCAGUGAGGGACAUUGAGAUCAUCCACGAGGAGCUGCGACUAAAGGACGAGGAAUUGAUCGCUCCAGUCCUUGACAAGCUGGAGAAAACUGCCGUCAGAGGAAGUGACAAAAAACUCAAACCUGAAUAUGAUAUCAUGUUGAAGGUGAAGAACUGGGUAGAGGAGGAGAAGAAACCCAUCAGAUUUAACGAGUGGAACGACAAAGAGAUUGAAGUGUUGAACAAAUACCUGUUUCUGACAUCCAAGCCCAUGAUCUACCUGGUUAAUCUCUCUGAGAAGGAUUACAUCAGAAAAAAGAACAAGUGGUUGGCGAAAAUCAAGGAGUGGGUAGAUGUUAAUGACCCCGGCGCUAUCGUCAUCCCGGUUAGUGGAUCAAUUGAGUCAAAACUGCAGGAAAUGGAGGAAGAGGAAAGGAACAAACACUGCGAGGAAAUGAAGACGCAGAGUGUCUUGACCAAAAUAAUCAAGACCGGCUACGCAGCCCUGCAGCUGGAAUACUUCUUCACAGCGGGACCGGAUGAGGUGCGAGCGUGGACCGUGAGGAAAGGGUCCAAGGCUCCUCAAGCUGCAGGAAAGAUCCACACGGACUUUGAGAAAGGCUUCAUCAUGGCGGAGGUGAUGAAGUUCGUUGACUUCAAAGAGGAAGGGAGUGAAAAUGCGGCGAAGGCUGCCGGCAAAUACAGGCAACUGGGCAGGAACUACGUGGUGGAGGACGGCGACAUUAUCUUUUUCAAAUUCAACACACCCAAUGCCCCUAAAAAGAAACCAUGAGCCCAAAGGAUCACCAGAGGGAGAGCUCAGAAUACUGUUUUGUCUGGUCCCAAAGAGCGACACUGUCUGCGGGUUUUCAUACUUCUCUUUUGAAUUCAGAGGAUCGGCUCAUGGCCGGUUCGGCCUCCCAGCUCUAUUGGAAUGAUGAACGUUUGUGUAAGAAUAGCACACGUUCCUACCUGUAAUAUUUGGAGAACGUUUUCAAAUAGCAUCGACUGUACCCGUCAAACAUUUUUGAAAAGAACACGUAUAGAAUUGAACCGAGAAAUAUCCAAGUCAGAGCUUUUCUAGAAGCUUUUGGAUCAUUUAAACCACAACGCUCAACGGAAAUGUAUCUUUAAGAGUAAUGACAGCUUGCCUUUCUGUCAUUAGGUCAUGAUGAUUGGCAAGCUCUUGCAUCAUAACGGCACUCUUAAUUAGCGCUUUAUUACAGGCCGGUGUGCUCCUUAAAUAUUAUGAAAACACAUAAAGGGUGCCACCAUGAGUGUUGGCUACAGGUACCUAAUCAGCAUUAAUUAAGUAACGGCUAUUCUAUUUGAGUUUUAGGUAUUUUUCCCUCGAAUUAAAUACACAUGAAGUAUUUUCUUUGUAACUUUUCCCUUUUCUUAUGUUAAUGCUAUUCACAAUAAAUAAAAAAUGAUGCUAUUAUUAUCCAAGUAUGCUAAAACAUGCGGUGUCUAUAAACGUUUGACUGGUGCUGUGUUAUUAACUAUUAAGAGAGAAUGAAAGCCAUCACUCAGUGUUGCACUUCAGGCCAGUACUGUGCUGUAUUCUGAGGGGGGGGGGAUUGGUAUUUUAGAAAGAGCAAAGCAGGCAUCCCUGACAGUGCAGGAUGACACACCUGAAUGGAGAAUGACGUUAUACUCACUGCUUUUAUUAUUGACUUUGGUUUGAGCAAAAUCACGUUCACAUUCAGAACGCCACGCUGUGUUGCGAGAUAAAGCUACAUUGUGAAUCGGCCACAAGAGUGCUCUGUGGAUCAUCUGGACUGUACAGCUUCAUAAUGCCUCUCGUUUCACCUCACUGCCUCCACAGUGUGAAUGUCCUUAUUUUCAAGAGCACCCAACAAUCGGCCUCAUUCAACAUCUUGUGGAAGAUAGAAAAUCCUAUGAAUCCUUUAGGGAGCCAGGAUAUAAUAAAAGUCAUCCUCAUCAAUAUGCAUGUGUCAAUAAAAGGAGACAAACCUGUG